AACAAAGCUCUCCAAGAGGAAUCCGAUUUCCUCAGAAAGGCUGCAGUACACAAAGGAACGCAUGGUUGAGAAACAAAACAAAGCUUCCUGAGGACGCCCUCUUAAAGGAUCCAGCACACAAAGGACUGCUGGGUCACUGCGAGAAUUCCCCAAUCUUCCUUCUUUCCCUGCUGCCUCUCCCAGAAGUCUCGCGAUGUCCAGCAGAGGAGGGGGGCGGAGGAGCGAGAAUUCUAGACUUCCGGCUCACUCCAGUCAGUCGUCGCCUAGGCGGUUCGGUCCAGUUGUCCUCGCGUUGCUGCUGUUGCGGUACCAACUUACCCCCGCCCCCCUCAGUUCCCGGUCCUUUUCCCUUGCGUAGGAUCCCCGCGCUGCGGCUCCUGCGUCCCUCACCCUGGGGCCCGGGGCCUGCGCGGCCUGCACCGCGGGGCUGGGGGCGGCCCCAUUCCCGCCUCGGCCCCCUGGGACUCGAUGAGGCACAGCCUGACGAAGCUGCUGGCGGCCUCGGGUAGCGGCUCCCCGGCCCGGAGCGGGAGCCCAGCGCCGGCGCCCUCCCCGGCCUCGGGCUGUCUGCGCCCCCCGGGCCUAGCCCGGGUGGCGGCCGGGGAGGAGGGAGGCGGCGGCGGCAGCGGUAGCGGUAGCGAGGAGGAGGAGGAAGAAGGGGACGGGCCUCCGCGGCGGCAGGAGGGCGCCCCGGAGGCCGCGCCUGCUGAGGAGAAGAUGGAGGAGGAGGAGGAGCCGCCCGCGGCCGGCGCCCGCCCCGAAGAGCCGGAAGACAUGGACUUUCUGUCGGGUCUUGAACUGGCUGAUCUGCUGGACCCCAGGCAGCCUGACUGGGACCUGGAACCGGGUCUUAGCUCGCCGGGGCCGCUGUCCUCGGGGGGCGGCUCGGACAGUGGCUGCCUGUGGCGGGGUGACGACGACGAUGAGAUGGCGGCCGCGGCCGCUGAGAUGCAGCGCUUCUCGGACCUGCUACAGAGAUUGGUGAACGGCGGCGGCUCCGGCUCGGGCGGGGGUAGCAGCAGUAGCGGCGACGGCGGCGGCAGCAGCGGAGGUUCCGGUGGAGGCGGCGAGAGAAGACGGAGGAAGAACCCAGGAGCGGGAGGCAGCGACAGCGGCAGCGGUGGCGGCAGCCACAGCCCGGCGGCGGCCAAGAGCCCCCGCAAAGCGGCCGCCGCCGCGGCCCGGCUCAACCGGCUGAAGAAGAAGGAAUACGUGAUGGGGCUCGAGAGCCGUGUUCGGGGCCUGGCCUCCGAGAACCAGGAGCUGCGGGCCGAGAACCGGGAGCUGGGCAAGCGCGUACAGGCACUGCAGGAGGAGAGCCGCUACUUGCGGGCGGUGCUCGCCAACGAGACCGGGCUGGCGCGGCUCCUGAGCCGGCUGAGCGGCGGGGGACUGCGACUGACCACCUCCCUCUUCAGGGACUCGCCUGCCGGGGACCACGACUAUGCCCUUCCCCUGGGCGAGCGGCGGCAACAAGAAGCUUUGGAGGACGAGGACCCUGCGGGAGGUGUAUGUCUCCACGUGGACAAGGAUAAAGUGUCGGUGGAGUUCUGCUCGGCGUGUGCCAGGAAGGCAUCGUCUUCUCUUAAAAUUUUCUUUUUUAGGUGAUUUCCUCCCUGCCAGGCUCCGUUGUAGGGGUUACAGAACAGUCGUACCCGCCUCACAACCUGUGGAUACAGCUGUUGGGGCAGAAGAGACGGGACCAGCUGCUGGCCACAUUUCCUGCUUUAUUUUAAAAGCUUAGCAGUGUCUGCAAAAACGAAUCUUUUCCUACAACCUGUAACUGACUGGACUGAUGGUAACAAAGUAGUUGUGGGAGCCUUAUCGGUCACAAAUUUUGGCAUCUGCUGAAACAUGAAUGCCAUUUCAAGUCCCCAAAUUACUUCUAUACUGAUUUUACUUUCCUGAAGUGGAGAUUUGAAAAGAUUAUCUGGAAUCCUUGAAAGACUUAAUAGAAACAAAUGAGACUAUUGGAUUAAUUUUUGGAUAAAAUAUUGUCUUUCAGAGGAGUCAUAAUUCAGUUCUUUGCAGUACCCUUUAAAAUUGGAACUGCCCAUUGGACAAGAAAAUUAUAUAUUCUUUUACCUAGCAUUUCAGUUUCUUUAGGAAGGAGUGCAGACUAGUGAAAUACAUUUUGGAAAAUAGGAUUAAGUUAACAGGCCAUCAAUGGUUGUACGGUGUACAUAAUUUGUGCUCACUUAACUGUAUGUAACAUGGCAGUCUAUGUGAAGCUGAUGCAUUAACUUUUGCUGAACUUAGUAAAAUAAUGCAGAGUUCAGUAUUUGGAGGGUAGACCUUUUAUAGAUGUUGAAUCAUUUUGUUUUCAUAUUCUUGGAAGAAUUUUGAUUGGUAAAAUAUGUGAUACUAUCUUAUGAGAAUUACAUAGGCAAGAAAUGUGGAUUGCUUUUUUCUUAAUGAUUAAUUUGACAAUGUUGGGAAUAAUUUGAAGUUUCUAAUAACUUGUAAUAGUUUUUAUUCACACUUUCAUGUCAAAUGGUCUAUUGUUAUAUAAUGGCUUUAGCAUUCUGGGUUUUAGAAGUGAUGACUUUAUAGUAAAUGGUUUUAUGCCACCUACAUUUUCCCAGUUUAAACGCCAUGAGGGAGCCUCAUCAAUGUCUGGAUUUCAACAAGUUUUACUUGUUGGACAGUCCCUCCCCGCCCCGCCCCCCCAUCUUUGGGAUUAAUGUUAACAAGUAUGUUCUAAUUUGAAUUCAGCCAGAUUCUGUCAUACUGGAGAACUGAGUUACAGUAUAAAUAGGAUUAGAUCAGUGGAUAGGUACCUGUUCUUUUCCAUCAAGUAUAAAAUUCAUUAAAUAGAGGUUGAGGGAAGCAAUAAGAAUUUAGUUUAAAUCAGCCCAGCUCAUUCCCUUGUUAGUAGCAGUGAGGAAUCUGACCAAAAAUUAGUGGGAUGCCUAGGGAAUUCUGAGGAGCAUUUCUAUCCAGGUAUAGUGUUGUUAAAGCAGAACCACAUCUGCCAUAAUUUCAUGAAUUUACAGUCAUCUUUUAGACAAAACACUGGCAUAAUCCCUUGUGGUGACUAGAGAAUUCUUUUUGAAAGGAUACCAGAUAAAACACUUAAUAUUUAGGAUAAUUACAGUUUAUUAUUUUGGAGCUGUGCUGACCAAUGCCUUCUUGACAUAUAUUAUAGAAUUUUAGAGCUUAGAACCUUAGAGAUCUUGGGGGCUGACAGGUCUAAAUCAGUAAUAAGAUUUUUUAAAAAGCAUUUCUUCCCAGGACUGUUCUUAAUCUAAAAUUUCAGGAGUCUUUAAGAUUUGUCAUACUUUAGGUCCCUUAUUUUUGUUUUCAUGCCUUAAAGUAUACUAAUAAAUACUUAAAAUAAGCAGAAUAUAUUUGGAAGGUAUUUAAGGACCUUUCAGUACCUUAGGGAUAGCCAUCAUUAUAUAUGGACACUAAUCAUCGAUGUAUUGUGAAAAAGUGAUCUGGUUAUUUACUUUUUGGAUAAAUUGAGCUUGCUAUUUAUAAAAUUUUUUUUCCUUGCUCUGAUCUCUUAAAUUGCUGCGACUUCUUGGAUUUCUUUGAGCUGGAAUUAAAUUUGAGCAAAUAUAGAACUAAGUGUCAUUAACAAACAUUUUGUGAUUUUUUUUUUAACCCUUACCUUUUCUUAGAAUUGAUACUAAAUAUCAAUUCCAAGGCAUAAGAGUGGUAGGGACUAGGCAGUUGGUGUUGAGUGACCUACCCAGGGUCAUACAGCUUUCAGAAGUGUUUGGAUUCAGACCUCCCAUCUAUGGUUUGGCUUUCUAUCUGCUGAACACCUAGCUGCCUUUAUGCUUUAUUUUCAACUGAGAUUUUUGUUGUCUGUUAUUAAAUUGCAGGGAAGUCAAUUGAAAACAUACUCUAGCCCCUGAGUGUACAUUGAAAAUCUAAGUUGUAAAUAUCAGUUAAAUCAUACUUGUGCUCUAAGUUAUUAAUGUUUUUUCUAAUUGCAUUAUGCAAAUUAUUGGUAGCAUCAAGGAAAUAAGCCAACUUUAAUCAUUUUUGUAGAUAUUGCAUCUUUGGCUUUUAGAAGUUGAUAUAACUUGGGAUAUUUAUGAAGUUUGCAUAUUAUGGGAGAGUAUAAUACAAUUUGAUUUUUUUGUUGAGGCAGCAAUGGAAAUUUUCAUACUAGUAAUGUGCUAUCAGAAACAUCAGAGAACAAAUAUUAAAAAAUAGAUGAACAUUGAAGAAAAUAUGGGCACGUAAAAAUUCUUAAGCUAUAAAUUAAAAAAAAGAGUACAAUUCAAAAUAUUAAAGAUCUGAACCCACAUUUAUUAUGUGUAAAACAAACAUUGAGCACUAAUUAUGUGUUACUAUUGGAACCAUGAAAGGGAGAUGCAAAUCCUGUAAGACAUAAAGUUUGUCAUUGAAGUUUUAAAAUAAUUUGAAUUGUUUUCAAGAAAGAAUAGGUGUUUGAAUUAACAGGUAGUUAUACUAGUUUAACAUGGUUUGUCUAUAAUGAUUUUAGAUAGAAUUAUGCCUGUUUUGACAAAAUGUUCUGGUCAAAAAAAAAAAAAGACUUUAAAGAUAUGAUUCAUGGAGUCUCAAUUAGUUAUAGUUGUGUUUAUUUAAAAACAAAACCCAAAUUAGCUUUCAGUAAUCAUAAAAAACAAAACAAAACAACUCCUACCUUUUCCUUUAAAAAAAAAAAACAUUAUUCCAUAUUCUGACUUGUUGAAAAUUUUCCAUUUUCUAGAGUUCUAGUUUCUUUUUUAUUUUUCUUAAUGGUUUUUUUGAAAUCCUGCCUCCUGUAUGAAUGGGGGAGAAUGACUAAGCAGGCAUGUUGCUAAUUCUCUUUCCUCAAAAUUUACAUUAGCGUUCUAUAUUAUCAUUAUUGGUAUAGGAAAAAACUUGUAAAGUGUUUUAUCCCGUUUGAGCCCGUACAUCAACCAUAGUUUAGCUUUGCCUAUUUUACAGUGGUAAUAUAUGUUGAGGGACUAAAAACUUUAAUCUCUGACCUUCAGUGGCAGGGUGGGAGUUGCCUAGUCAUGUGAAUGUAAUAUUUUUAUGUGUUGUACAGCUUUGUUAAGUAGUGUUAGGAUUUAGUGCUCUGAUAACUUAUGGACAUUCAGGGGAAUAUUAUUUCAAAGGUAGAUUAGAUUUGUUCUCUUGUAUUGCAGAGGCCGGAAAUUCGUAGUAAGCAUAUUUUGGCUUUAUCGAAAUUAACUUUAUUAGAGGUCUCCAAAAUUUUUAGUGGGCUGCCUAUCAGUGAGCUCCCUAUGAUUAAUGCAUUCUUUUCAGGUUGUCUGUUUUUCUUUCUUUCUUUUUUUUUGCUUUGGUAGGUAUAUUAAACUAGUUGGACUCCAGGAAAACUUCAGGAAAAAUGUAAAAUGCUAUAGAAAUAACUUGAAGUGAAUGGAGAUGGAUUUUGUUAAUGUUAGUACUGGCUACAGAGUAUUUCCUUGUAUUUUGCUUUUCCACUUUGAAGUAUUAUGAGAAACUGUCAAACUUUUCUGCCUUUUAAAAAAUCAUUUCUAAUAAUUUGGUAGCUUUCCUCCCUCAGCUUAAUGUUAUCUGUAUCAUAGUUAUUUUGAAAGGGACAGUAGUUGAGUAACUGAGUCUUUGACUCACCCUGUAGAUAAUUUGUUUAGCAAUAGUGUUUGCUUACUUAUGGGAGGCACUGACGUUCAGGGAAUAGAUAUAAAAUCACAGCAAAGUUGUAAUAAGUACAAUUUUAUUUUCAUAUUUGUUGGUUAUUAGUAUCUUAGUUUUACGUAAUGUUAUUUUCUUCCUUUAGCUGUGUACUUGAUUUCAUUAUUGUGAACAUCCUGAAAUUAAAUGCCAGUUUCAGGUAAUUCAAGUGCUUUUAUGAGUACUCCAUACUGUCUUGAACCAACGUACGCUGCAAACACAGUCUGCAGCAUUAUGGGAAAGACCAUCUUUUUAAAGAUAGGUUGAGAGACUGUAAUCCAGUAGGUCCAAAUAUUUCCUCUCUGUGGUAAUGGAGCUGAGUUGUACCUAAAAGGAAAAUAGGAUUGAACCAAAAAUUUACAAAAAUCUGGAAAAAUGUGUUAGUUUUUGUUGGAUAUGACAAUCUACAAAGUAGAAAUUGGGUAUUUUGUCAUAUAUACAUUUCUGGAUAAAGAUGAGAAAAGGUAGUCUACAAGAAUGUAAUGAUUUGUCCACAGGAUUAUUCAUAAAAUGAACCCCCACUCCCCCCAGACUAGUAAAUAAAGUGGUUAACUAUUGAGAAAGUGCCUCCUUUUCCAGAAUGGGUUAGGGAAAAAGUACUAGAAUAGAAUCACCUAAUCUGAAACUUCAAGUGGGUCCUGCAUAGAGGUGACUCUUGGGUCUUGAAAGCUAUGCCUUCAAUGCAUAAACUCCCAAGUCUUGUUAAAACCUUUCAAGUGUGAGUAUGAUUAAUGGCAUAUUGGAGAAGUGUGGGUCACAGUAAUUAGAGGUCCACAAAUUGGGGAAAGUAUUAUCAACACAGACAAAAUUAUAUUGUUCCUUUAAUGGAAAUGUUUUAUUUUAAGAGUAGUUAACACUGUAAGAGAUGCUCAGUUUUUUUUUUUAUUUAAAUCUGAUCUCUAGAACAGUGUCUGGCCAGCUAAAUGAUUCCAAAGUUAAUCUAGUAGCUGUGCCCAACAAGACCAUUAGAUGAAUAGUUUUUACAGGGUGACAGAAUAUUAUUGAAGCCUUCUAAGGAAAAAACAAAUGCCUUCUGAGGGGGAAAAAGUUAUAGCUAAAUGAAAAGGCUGGCAUGGAGAAGUAAACUAUUUGCCUAAGGUUAUUUUAUAUCAAGCAGCCAAGUUAAAUCUCCCAAGUUUUAAUUUGAUGUGUUUUUUUUUUAAAAUGAGAAAUGAAUUUACUAUUCAUUUACUUUGUAAAAGAAAACUGUUAAUAAACUCAACCCCAGUUCAAAGUUACCUAAUUUGAUAGGGGAGCAGUUAGUGGUAGGAAUACAGCAAACAUACCUGGCUGCCAGAGCACCAUUUAUUGGUAUGGCCAAAACAACAGGGUAGAUACCUCCGAUUAUCAUACCAGUCAGUCCGCCUCUUAAGAGAGUACAGAGUUCACAGCUUAGAUUACCUAGAAAAUAAAACUCUUUGUUUUCUGGAAUGAGGAAUUAAAGACAUGCCACUUCCCACAGAACUAUCAAUUGUAUAUCACAAUUGAUUACAAUUUCAUUAAGUUUGAUUUAAACCAUUAAAUUAUGCAAAAGAUUUUUUCAACAUUUUAAUCAAAUGUAAAAAUGAUACAGUUCAUUCCAUUUGUCAAGUUUUCAGUCAGAAAUAGAAGGUACAAGAAAUAGUCCAGAUAAUAAUAGUGUCUUCCUCUUUUGCUGACAUGUGAACAUGCUUCAAGAUUCUGAUCAUUUGAUUCUAUAAUCUGAACUCAGUUUUAUAUUCUCAAUUUGAAUGACUUCUUAAGAGUUUCUAGUGUCAUAAAACUCAAGGAAUCUCAUCCAAGGGACUGAAAAGGAAAUAGCCAAUCCCAAAUUAAAUAAAAGCUGCAAAAUCCCAUCCCUGUAAUGCCAAAUUAGUUUUCUACACUCUACUAGUUGCCCAUUUCCUAUAAUUGGCUUCCUUGAUUAGUACACCUUCAAACCUUUAGUUUACUAGUAGUCUUAAAACUAUUUUUUCCUUUUUGCAAGUGCAGUUUUUUACCUAGCAAAUUCAAGGGUUGGGAUAGAGAUAUUAUAGACAUAGCCACUAUGAAAGCACUUUAUUUAAGACCAUUCAACUUAUGAGAGCACACUGGUCGUAUUUCAUUAUAAUUGCCAUCUGUAUACUCAACACACUUCUAAGUACCCUUGAGAUGGUCCUUUUCCUUAUGCGUGUGUGUGUAUGUAUGUGUAUUUUAGCACAAGAUAUUAAGUAACCUGAUUAAGAGGAUAAGGCAUAUACCUUAAAUCAACUAAAAGAUCUUGGUCUACACCUGCCAAUACAAAGUGUUCAAGUGUCAAGAUUCACUAUGAAGCUUUUGUUGCAACCAAGUUAUUUUCUGUGCAUGGAGUCAGGGAACAAUUUCGAUGAACUCUACUAAAGCCUAACUUUUAUAAUCUUUUAAUUUUACAAAAUUGCAGCAAAUUAAAACCACACAAAAUCCUUGGAAAUAUUAAAUAUAAUUUACCUGAACUCAAAGGUAAACUUACAGCAUUCUGGUAAGUUAUGUGGGUUGACAAAAAUGGGAGAACAGCCAUUGGUAAAGCUGAUGCUAUUCGAGCAUGUGUCACAUUUAAAACGCGUCUAAAAAAACUAUUUGCUAUUAGGCCACAAAAAGCAGCAUUUAGUCCAACAUAAGCUGAUCCGGUCAUAAAUAAAUUCCUAAGAAAGAAGAGAGAAAAUUGUCAGAACUUUUCUAAAUACUUAAAUGUUAUCAACAGCUAAUGUUUUGUAGAAUUUAAACCUUUUGGAGGAUGUCUAGAAAGUAAGAGCCUGUGCAACUUCUAAUUUGUACUUUCCUACCAUUUUUUGAUUUGUAAGCCAAGUUUAUAAUUCUCUAAUGAAGCUAGAUUUGAAAGUAUACUAGAGCCAGCGAAUGAGAUAUUGUGGACUGGCAAGCAAAUACACGGAUACGGUUUCUGUAUCAAAGAAGACGAUUGGACUUUGGAGUCAAAGGUUAUUAAAAGGGUUCUACUAUAUUUCACAUACAAUACCCUCAAAUAGAAAGAUUUUACUUGGGAGUAUUCAUUUCACAAAUAAGAAUAGGUUGGCCUCCGAAAUAAAAUCUGUAUAAAGCAUACUUUUUUUUUUUUUGCCAAACUCAGAAUGAACAUAAUAUCAGCACUGGGAAAUUUAGAAAACUUUUGGUCAAACUUCCCUCUCAAUUUCUCCUAACCCUUUAUACUCCUUAUGUUGUGGGGAGAGGAUGACGACUUAGCCACGA